UGGACUGGAUUCCAUCUUCUAACCUUUACCUUCUUUAUAUGCUUCAUUUGUCAUCCCCCAUCCCCCCCUCUCCUUCAUUACUUAUACCCUCUUCAAACCUCUCUCCACCACCACCACCACCACCACCACCACCACCCUUUACAGAGAUGGAAGCAUUACCAAGGUCAGAAGUGUCAUUUAGAAGAUCAGGAUCAUCAGGGCUUGUUUGGGAUGAUAAAUUGUUAUCAGGAGAACUUAAGCCAUCCAAUCCAAAAGAUGACGAAGAAAGAGAGAAAAAAGAGCAACAAAGAUCAGAGCCAAGGCCAUAUAAAUCUGUAGAAGUUGAACCCACUAUUGACCCUCCAUCUCCAAAGAUAUCUGGUUGUGGUUCCAUCUGUGGAAUCUUCGGGAAGCCUGUUAAAAACACCGCCACCGCCACCGCCGGCGCCGGCCACAAACAGAAAACUAGAGCCACCCAUUAAUCAUCAUCACCUUGAGGAAUUCUUGAGUUUGGUUUUUGGUUGCCAAGCAGAGCCUUAAUUUGCUACUUGGAUUGGAUGUUUGUGGGUCAAUUUUUUCUUUCCCUUUUUCAUACUUUUUGGGCUUAGUUUUACGGGAUGCAUCUCUCUAUAUAUCUCUAUGUCUAUAUCUAUAUAUAUAUAUACACACAUAUAUAUAGAAUUUAGGGCAUAGCAAAAGUCUUGUUCUGUGUUCAUGGGAUGGUCUCUUAUGAUGUGAGGUUAUAGUCUUUGUGUUUUUCUUGAUGUAAUUGUUUGUGUAUACAAUUCUUUCUUCUCUCCAAUUUCUGGGUGUGUCAAAGAUUUCUUGUAUAAAGAAUCCCUAAUUUCUAUCUUCAUGCAUUACAGAGUUGUACCUUGGAAUGAAUCACCAUCAUUGAUAAUAUCACUAUGUUCUGUUCUUUC